CACAAAGCUCGAGGAGGUCCAUAAAUGGCGCAUUGAAUUAGAACCCUCAAAAUCUUCACAACUGUAAAACCCCAAUCACCUCUUUACAUGUGACUUCCUUAUUUCUCUCUUCUUCUUAUUUGCUUCUGCGCUCUCGUUUCCUCCAACAAUCUCCAUGGCAGCUCCGUCUCUCAAUCUCAUCCUCAUUCUCUCUCUACUCGUCUUCAUUUCACUCCCGAGAUCUGAAUCUCUCUCCGAUAAUCCAUCUCUCGUUCUUCUACCCGACGGAUUCGACUGGCCGAUCUCUCACUCCGACGAAUUCGACAUCAUCGACGGUGAAGAAAGCUUCGAAGUUGCGGAGGAAGACGACGGCGUAGAUCGACGGUCACUGUACUGGCGGAGGACGAAGUAUUACAUAUCGUACGGUGCAUUGUCGGCGAAUCGAGUGCCGUGUCCUCCCAGAUCUGGAAGAUCGUACUACACUCAUAACUGCUUCAGAGCUAGAGGUCCCGUUCAUCCGUACAGCCGAGGCUGCUCGUCGAUCACUCGAUGCCGGAGAUAGAAGAAGAAGAAGAAGAAGAAAGCUUGAAACUUCAUGGGCAUUUUCGUAAUUUCGCCAACCAAUGGAUUAGUGUUGAGAUGUUUGUGUUUGUUAAUGUUCCAUGUUAUUUGUAAACCGUGAUUAGUUACGUUCGUUAAACUUAAACCCGGUGAUUAUUAUUUCGAGUUCUUGCUAUAGAAUUGGUAACUACUUAAGAGUCGUGAGGGGUGGAUUGGUAAUUUGCUACGGAUCCUUGUGGGUUUUUUGUCGGUGGCUUUUUAAUUAUUUGUUUGUACUGUUUAUGAAUUUAAAUCCGGGGUCACAUGUAUUUGGACUUAUUUGAAUUUCAUCAUGUUCCAAUUUCCA